AUGUCUUAGACUGUUUAACUUAUUGGCCAUUAAGGAGAGAUCUACACUAAUAAGUUUUCAAGAGAUGGUGAUUAUCUAGCGAGUGCGGGCUAUGACAGAUUAAUAUACUUCUGGGAUGUGUUUGAUCCCUAGUGCAAGAACCUUGGAGUGCUCAAGGGACACAAGAAUGCUAUUCUAGACAUUCAAUGGGGCCAGGAGAAUUCUAGACUGUACUCAGCCUCCUCAGAUAGGUAGAUAUUCGUGUGGGACACUGAGGAAUUCACCAGAGUCAGGAAGCUAAAGGGCCAUCAAAAUGUUGUCAAUUCAAUUGAUGUGCAGAGAGUAGGCUCUGAUAUUUUGGUCAGCGGGAGUGAUGACUAUACUGUUAAAAUUUGGGAUGCAAGAGCUAAGAACUUUAUUAGUUCUUAUGAGUUGAACUAUCAAAUAACCUCUGUAUCAUUCAACAAUACAAAUGACUAUGUUUUCUUUGGAGGCAUCGAUAAUACCAUUAAAGCACUGAAUCUUAAAAAGAAUGCAGUUGAGUUUGUAUUACUUGGACAUACAGAUACUAUCACAGGCAUAUAACUCAGCAAAAGUGGGAACUUCCUUGUUAGUAACUCAAUGGAUAACACAAUUAAUAAGAGAUGUCUAAACACAGUUAUGGGUAUUCAACACAAUUUUGAGAAAAAUCUGCUUAGGUGUUCUUGGAAUCACGAUGAUACUUUGAUAUCAGGUGGAAGUGGAGAUAGAUUCGUAUGCAUUUGGAAUGCUGAGACUGGUAAUAUGGUUCAUAGACUGGGAGGACAUCAUGGAUCUGUAAACGAGGUAGCUUUUCACCCUAAGAAGGAUAUCAUUGCUAGUUGCAGUUCAGACAAGACUAUAUACCUAGGGGAUCUAAAUAAAUGA